GUAUAUGUGUGUGUGUGUGUGUGUGUUCCUCUCCAGUCAGUCCCCAGUCUGAAUGUGAGGAGAUGCUGUCUGUGCCAGUCCUGUGUAGCACCACGAAGAAGAACGACGUGCUUUUUGUCUGCGUGGUGGCGACUUCAGCGGGAUAUUUAACGUGUUUACCGGACAGACUCGGUGUCUUUUGUCCGUUGGGUUUGACUGUAUGAGCAGCUUGUGGAGGACUGACAGGCGGCUCUUUUUUUGUGUGUGUGAGUGUGUGUGUGUGCGUGUGUGUGUGUGAGUGGCAUGUGAUAACAGACAAGAGACUGAGGCGUGUUCAUGUUUCACGGAUGUUACCGGGAGGAAAAGAAGAGAAAAGAAGGGAAGAAGUGGCUUCUUUCUGUGGUUUUAUGUCCUCUGUGGAUGUGACUUUAUGAGCACUCGGGUUCAGCAGGACACGACGGAGAGCCGCCGCCGCCGCCGCCGCUGCUGCUGCUGCUGGCGGGUUUUAUGGGGCUCUUGCUAGCUGUUGAAUGGCACUAGUUUUUUUUCUUUUCUUGUAUGCCCUUUUGUAAAUGUGUGUCUUUUAUGAGUAUUUUUAAAAAAGCGUGCAAACAGUGAACGCCUUUUUAUUAGCGUGAAGUGAAGGCUAACGUCGCUUAAACACGCUGAAACGCACAGGGAGGAUCAGUUCAGGCGCGGCCAGGUUGUCUGUGAAUCUACACUGGCUGAAAACGGAGCAGCAGAGACAACGAUGGCGAACGACUCUAUUCAAAGCGACCCAGACGGGCUGUCGGUCCUGGAGCAGCUCGGUCUGGACCAGAACUCGGACUUCUCUGACUCCAGCGUGCAGCAGCUUCUGGACGAGCAGCGCGAAAGGAUCCGCAGAGAGAUCCGCAAGGAGCUGAAGAUCAAGGAGGGAGCUGAGAACCUGCGCAGGGCGACUACUGACAAGAGGAAUGCCCAGCAGGUGGACAGUCAGCUACGAACCUCCAACCGCAGGCUGGACAGUCUACACGUUCAGCUGCAGGAACUGGACGCUCACAUUGUGGUGAAAGGAGGUGAUGAGAAUAAAGAUGAAUGUCCUCAGUCUCCCGGGGCAGAGAGUCGAACGUCAGCCCACAAGGAACGCAUCGCUGCCCUGGAGAGACAGCUCAACAUCGAGCUCAAAGUCAAACAGGGAGUCGAAAACAUGAUCCCCAUCUACUCCAACGGAUCCACCAAGGAUAAGAAGAUGCUGCAAACAGCGCAGCAUAUGCUGCAGGACAGUAAGACCAAAAUCGACAUCAUCCGCAUGCAAAUCCGCAAGGCCGUGCAGGCCACCGAGCACAACGACGACACACAGGGUAACCACGACCUGUGUGGGGUGGAGCUGCGUAUCGAAGAGCUGAGACAUCACUACAGGGUCGAACAUGCUGUCGCUGAGGGGGCCAAAAACGUGCUGAGGCUCCUGGGGGCCAGCAAGGUCCAGGACAAGAAAGCCCUGUCUGAGGCGCAGUCACGUCUGAGCGAGGCGUCUCAGCGGUUGGACCUACUGAGGGAUUCUCUGGACCAGCGUCUGGCAGAGCUUCCGGAGGACCAUCCCAAGGCCAACGUCAUCAAAGAGGAGCUGGUCCUGGCCUCCUCCCCUGCCUUCAGCUCUCGCCAUGGCGCCCCCUACCUCCACAACCAGUACAGCACCCUCAACAAGCCCUCGCCUCUUACUGGCACCUUACAGGUGCAGCUGCUGGGCUGUGUGGGGUUGUUGGAGGUGGUCCCAGGACGCAAUAAAGGGACGGCCGUCAUGCUGCCCUGCUACAGCCCCGGAGACACCAGGUCCUUCAUGAGGGGCAGCAAGGGUCUAUACGGACGGAGCGGCUCAGUCAGCGGGAAGACACCGAGCAAGACGGAGGAGCUCUCCUCUGAAGUGAGCGCGGUGCUGAAGCUGGAUAACACAGUGGUGGGACAGACAGCUUGGAAGACUGUAGGAGAACAAGCCUGGGACCAGACCUUCACUGUGGAGCUGGAAAGGUCGAGGGAGAUGGAGAUAGCCGUUUACUGGAAGGACUACCGCUCGCUGUGUGCUCUGAAGUACCUGAAGCUGGAGGAGUUCCUGGACAACCAGAAACACAGAGUUCAGCUGGAGCUGGAGCCUCAGGGCCUGCUGCUGGCCGAGGUAACCUUCUUUAACCCCGUCAUCGAGAGAGUUCCUCGCCUCCAGAGGCAGAAGAAGGUCUUUUCUAAGCAGCAAGGCAAGGCGUUCCUUCGGGCUCGACAGAUGAAUGUGGAUAUCGGGACGUGGGUGAGGCUGCUUCGAAACGCCAUUCCUACCGUCAACAACUCAGGAACCUACAGUCCCAAUGCACACAGCCUCACACUCAACACUGGGGAGAUCUCAGUGGAGAAGUUGAGUCUGGACAGCGACUCUCCGAUAAGAGGCGAUUACAAGAGAGACAUGGAAAUACACACCCCGGUGAGACAGACAGAGAGAGAGGGAGACCAGGAAAUGGGGGAGGAUCGACUGCCGGUCAUCGAGCCCUUCUCCCCCCCAGACCUCACCCCCGAGUGCCCUGUCCGAACCCCGUCUGUUGGCAGUAAGCAGAAGAAAGGCCCUCUGUCCCUCCAGGACUUCAGGCUGAUUGCUGUGUUGGGCAGAGGACACUUUGGGAAGGUGUUGUUGUCAGAAUACAAGAAGACGGGAACGAUGUACGCCAUCAAAGCCCUGAAGAAAGGAGAUAUCAUCGCUCGGGAUGAGGUGGAAAGUCUGAUGUGCGAGAAGCGCAUCUUUGAGGCCGUGAACUUGUCGAAGCAUCCCUUCCUGAUCAACCUGUUUGCGUGCUUCCAGACACCAGAGCAUGUGUGUUUUGUUAUGGAGUACACCGCAGGAGGCGACCUGAUGAUGCACAUCCACACGGACGUCUUCACAGAGCCGCGAGCCGUGUUUUAUGCGGCCUGUGUGGUUCUUGGACUUCAGUUCCUCCAUGACAAUAAGAUUGUGUACAGAGACCUCAAGCUUGACAACCUGCUGCUAGACACAGAUGGAUAUGUGAAGAUCGCCGACUUUGGACUGUGUAAAGAAGGAAUGGGUUUUGGGGAUCGCACCAGCACGUUCUGUGGGACUCCAGAAUUUUUGGCGCCUGAGGUCUUAACCGAUACUUCCUACACCAGGGCGGUAGACUGGUGGGGGCUGGGGGUCCUCAUCUAUGAGAUGUUGGUGGGAGAGUCUCCCUUUCCAGGGGAUGAUGAGGAGGAGGUCUUUGACAGCAUUGUGAAUGAUGAAGUCCGCUACCCACGCUUCCUCUCCACAGAGGCGAUUGGUAUCAUGAGAAGGCUGUUAAGGAGGAACCCAGAGAGACGGCUGGGCUCCGGUGAGAAGGAUGCAGAGGAGGUGAAGAAGCAGCCAUUUUUCAGGAACGUGGACUGGGAGUUGUUGCUGCAGAGGAAGGUGCCCCCUCCCUUCGUGCCCUCCAUCGGCGGCAAGGAAGACGUCAGUAACUUCGACGAGGAGUUCACCACCGAAGCCCCGGCGCUCACGCCUCCACGUGAGCCCCGCGUGCUCUCCCGCAAAGACCAGGACAGCUUCCGAGACUUUGACUACGUGUCCGACCUCUGCUAGUGGGCCGUCUGCUCACAGACCUCGAGGAAUGUUUAAAUAUCGAAGGCUUUGCGACGAUUUUGUCGGAGCAGAUCGUCACGUCUGAUUGUUAAUUACACUGUGAAUGAAUGCGGACAGACCGAAGGCAGGCGGUCUGUGUUUUGUGUGUCUGCGGGGGUUUUAAAGAUGUUGACUGAGAAAAUAAAAGAGGGGGACAGAUAGAGGAUGGGGUAAAAUGCUCGAAGGACAAAUACGCGGCGGUCGAUGCGUCCCCUCUCCGAUCACUUUGCAACACACCAGUGACGUUUAGCCUUUAAAACGCCUCCUCCCAUCCUCCUCCUACGUGUCAGUGUGGUCACCUGUGCAGCUGCGAGAGGAGGAUCUCGCCGUCUCUUCGUACUGUUGACUGUUCGGGGGUUUGCUCGACGCCUCUCAUACCGAUGCCUUACAUUUCUAUUUGUAUUUGAUCCACAGAAAAAAGAAAAAAAAUUGUUUUUAUUUUGUGGCCCUCUGUAUAAAAGCAGCAGGAAGAGUGAUACGAAGUGCUGCAGAAAUACUCUCCACUGUUUUUAAAAGAGAAUUGGCUCGUCAGCUGAAUUAGCGACAUGCAGAAUGAAUCUAUACUCGAAGCUUAUGACGAUGACCCUAACAUCCAGUCACGCUGACUGGUGCAAAGUGAAAUUUGAGUCAACUACGGGGUAAAGAACCACUGUCUUACUUCACUGCAAUGGACUUUUCUUUGGACUUAUAUCAACUACCUUUUUUAAAAUGUGUGUUUAGGUUUUAAUAUCUGUGACAAAAUAUUACAACAAUUUCCAAAAGAGUCAUAUUUGAUGACAAAUGACUCUUGAAUGCAUCAUUCAAUACCAGGCACAUACAUACAAUUUGGUAUUUUACAUCAUUUUGAUUUUAAAAAAAAGAAAGUGCUAAGUUCACAAGCACAAAAUGACACCUAUCAGCACAAAAGCUAUGUGACAUGCAAGUUUUUUCUCUCUUUUUUUAAAUUAAAAAAAAAAACUCUGAACACUAAGACUUGAUGUACAUGUAACAGAUUGUCCAUUAUGGGUUUUUAAGACUCAUCCAUCCAGUUAUCUACAUGCUACCAGAGUUUUGUGGACAUGAAGUAAGUAAUUUCCCUCCGAGACGACGAUAUAUCUGGCUUUAAAACUCAUCAAACACUGGUUGUAGCAGCAAAGUGUCAGUUUUUAGAGCUUAAAAAUCAUCUGUUGUGGUCAAUACAAGGUUUCCAUCACAGGGAUAAAAUCAUCUUUAUCUCAGUUGAAACCAAUCGAUAUCUUUAGUGCUUUUUGGAAACAUUUGUGUGGCUCCCGCAGCCUCAUUAGCCACUUUUUCCACAGUACGACCAAUUAGAGCUCGCGGCUUUAGAUCCUAGCUAAAAAAAAAAAAAAAAGUUCUCUUGGCAAUACGUGUCUAAAUGAACAACAAUAUCAUAGAGACUCAUAAAUGUUGGAAGAUAUGAGCCAGUGGUAUAAGCCUUGUUUUGGCCCUGUAGUGGAGGCCAGUCUUGUGUAAAACUUUACCAUUUCUGAGAACAGUUAGAGGUUUGUUGUGAAGCUGUAUGUAUGACAGUGUGUAUUUUACUUAUCUUGUGUACGACAUUACAAAACCAUGUGAGAGUAUGAGAUGACUUAUUUUAUAAAGAAAACCUGGAGUGAA